AUCCACUUUCCUGUCCUUUUUUUUCCCUUUUUCGACCUACAUCAUCGACUUCCUGUUCGAUUCGCGGUUUUUGCAUUGCAUCAAAAGACCGAAACGAUGGCGCGCUUGUCGCUGUAGCACUUGAACAAGAAAAUAAAGAAACAAAUUACUGCUUUUGGUAAUUUAUAGGGCUCUCUGUACCACCACCACCACCUUCGAUCAGAUAAGGGGGGGGUGGUCGCUUGAUUGGACGACGAAAGAGUUAGGGUGUGUGCGACAAUGAAGUCGAAAUGGAUCGCAUCGCUCACGCAGCACGGCGACACGCCGCCUUGGGGACUCAAGUUCAGGAGCUCGGAUGGGUUUAUCAUUGGGACGGUAGCGUUGGCGGUUUUUACUGAUAUGUUUCUCUACGGCGUCAUCGUGCCUGUGAUUCCAUUCGCUUUGCAGAGUCGAAGUCACAUCGACGAGGACCGAGUACAAUACUGGGUCUCCGUCCUCAUCGCCAUCUACGGCGCCGCGCUCCUAGCAUUCAGCCCUAUCUGCGGCUGGCUCGCGGACCGCACGUCGUCGCGCCGGUCGCCGCUGCUGCUCGGACUGCUGGCGCUGCUGGGCUCGACUGUGCUGCUGAAUGUCGGGAGUCGGAUUGAGAUUUGGAUUGUUGCGAGGAUUCUGCAGGGGGCGAGUGCUGCGGUCGUAUGGGUCGUCGGCCUCGCCCUCCUCGCAGACACAGUGCCCCAGGAGCGUCUUGCGCAGGCCAUGGGGUACGUCAGUCUGGGCAUGUCGCUGGGCCUGCUGAUCGCGCCCAUGCUGGGCGGCGUCGUGUUCGACCACGCGGGCUACGAUGCCGUGUUCGGCAUGUGCUAUGCGCUCAUCGGCUUGGAUAUCCUGCUCCGGCUCCUGCUCGUCGAGAAGAAGGUGGCUGCUAGGUGGGAUCCUGAUGCCGCUGGGAGGGUACGGGUGACGACGUCGACGACGACGACGACAAUGGCCGAUGGAGAAGUGUCGAAGAGUGAUGAAGAAGCCGCACCAUCAACCACCCACCCUGACGCUGGAAAAACACCACCACCAAGUGACCCAGAAAAAGGCACAACGACAACCUCAACCACUCCCACUCCCACCCCCAACACACCUCACCCUCAUCCCCGCACAAGAGACCGCCUCCCACCCCUCCUCUCCCUCCUCUACUCCCGCCGCCUCCUCGCCGCCCUCUUCAGCUCCAUAAUCCAAGCCUCCCUCUUCACAGCCUUCGACUCCGUCCUCACCAUCCGCGCGGCCUCCAUCUUCUCCUGGACCUCCACCGGCGCCUCCCUCCUCUUCCUGCCCCUCGUAAUCCCCACCUUCCUCGCCCCAAUAUACGGCUGGCUCGCCGACCGCAUCGGCGGCCGGUGGCCCGCAUCCCUCGGCUUCCUGCUCGCGACACCCCCCCUCAUAUGCCUCCGCUUUGUCCGCUCAAACACCCUCCACGACAAAGUGCUCCUAUGCGCCCUGCUCGCCCUAACAGGCCUCACCCUCUCCUCCACCUUCCCGCCCAUCAUGGCAGAAAUCUCCUCCGUCGUCGAAGCGAAAGAAGCCUCGAUGGUCGCCCGCGGGGCGAAGGGGUACGGUGGGCCGGGGGGAGCGUAUGCGCAGGCGUACGCGCUGUUUAACGUCGCGUUUGCGGGCGGGUGCGUCGUGGGACCUUUGCUUGCCGGGUUCGUGGCGGAGGAGCAGGGGUGGGAGGAUAUGGCGUUGGUGUUGGGGCUGCUGAGUGCGGUUACGGCUGUGCCGGCGUUUUUGUGGUUGGGGGGUUGGGUGUUUGGGAAGAAGGGGGGGAGGGAGGGUGAUGGGAAUGGGGAUGGGGAGAGAGAAGGGGGAACGUAG